AUGGAAUGCCCGUUAUCCUGGCGCUACCAGUUUCUUGAUCUUCCAGGACAUAGAAGUCGCCUACCGAACGGUUCUGCAAGUGGGACAUGUGCGGCCGUUGCGGUUAAGCCUGCAUUUCCUCUCUCAUUUGAGGUCGGCACUUCCUCUACAUUCCUCUGCAGUCCCGUGACAUAUCCUGUACCUCAAUGGUGGAACGCAGUUCCCACAGAAAGACCUGGCAGCCACCACAGCUGCGGAUUUCCUUUGACUGGAGUGGACUGCUGUCUUCUAAAUAAAAUAAGGUUUUCGACUUGA